AUGGCGUCCGUCACAACAGAAUAUAUCAGUGUUGGAGGGAACCGACAUCCGGGCGCUGCAGACUGGGACGUCCAGUCGGGCGUGCUUGCUUUCGGCGCGGACAACAAUGUCGCCUUGUGGGAGCCUCUGGAUAAUUCGACUAGGGGAGUCUACGCCUUGCUCGUCGGCCAUUCCGAUAAGGUUAGCGUUGUCAAAUUUUACACAUGCCCCUCCACCAGUGCGAAAUUCCUCUUGACCGGUUCCGUUGAUCGAACGAUUAAAGUGUGGAGACAAAAAGAGAGCGACUUGCGCAAUUACGAGCUCGCACUCUCACUUGAGGGACACAAAGGAAGUGUGAAUGCGAUUGCCGUGGCCGACGGAACAGAUAUUGUCGCGACGGGGGCCGCAGACGGGACCGUCCGAAUCUGGAGAAUUAAUGCACAGGAUGGGCUCACAAGCGACUUGGUAGAGACUAUCGUGAUGAAGCCUCGCUUCUUCCCACUCACCUUGGCGUUGAGGGUUCUCGAAGGCGCGAAUGAUAAGCCGUUGGUACUUGCCGUGGCCGGCACCACCACGACCGUACACAUUUAUUCCGCUGAGUCUUCCGUCAACAAGCCAAGUUUCCAGCGCCGAGCAGUACUAUCAGGUCAUGAAGCUUGGAUUCGGUCGCUGUCGUUUACGAAGGAUGUGCAAGGCAAGACCAAUGAUCUCCUGCUUGCUUCGGCCAGCCAAGAUAAGUAUAUUCGCCUGUGGCGAUUAUGUCAAGGCGAAGUCCAGCUUCCAGCUGAGAUUGACGAGGACGAUCCUCUUCUUGGCGGCAUGGAGCCUACUCUUUCCAACAAAGCACACGAAUUUGAAGCAGCGGGAUCCAAGUACUCAAUCACCUUUGAGGCUUUGCUGUUUGGAAACGAAGACUGGAUCUACACCACGGCAUGGAAUCCCGACCCGAGUCGCUCACAGCUUUUGACUGCUUCCGCUGAUAACACGAUCACGAUCUGGGAGCAAGAUUCUGUAUCUGGUGUGUGGAUGUCCGGGGAAAGAAUGGGCGAGAUCAGCACUAUGAAGGGCUCCACAACUGCGACUGGUAGUGCAGGCGGCUUCUGGAUUGGACUUUGGUCGCCUGACGGGAAAACAGUGGUCAGUCUUGGCCGCACUGGAAGCUGGAGGGUCUGGCAGCACGAUUCUGAAGCAGACCUCUGGGUGCAGAGGUUCGGAAUAUCGGGCCACGUCCGGUCCGCGAACGGUGUGCAAUGGGAACCUAGCGGAGGGUACUUGCUUUCAACCAGUGCGGAUCAGACAACACGUCUCCACGCUCAAUGGAUGCGGGACGACAAGCGCUCAUGGCAUGAGUUCUCUCGUCCGCAGAUUCACGGAUACGAUUUGAACUGCAUUGACACCCUUGGACCUGGCCGAUUCGUGUCGGGUGCCGAUGAAAAGCUCCUACGUGUUUUCAACGAGCCGAAGCAGAUUGCCGAGCUCCUUGAACGGCUCACCGGCUUCCGUCAGAAGAUCGAUGAGAGUGACAUGCCAGAUCUGGCUGAAAUUCCAGUUUUGGGUCUUUCGAAUAAAGCUCAAGGCGAGGAAGCUCCCGUUGAAGACGACGCGGAAACCACUGGUGCGGGUCCGUCUACCCCAGCUGUAUCUUUGAACUACGAUUCGCCACCGCUUGAGGAUCAGCUGGCCAGGUAUACUCUGUGGCCUGAACAUGAAAAACUAUACGGGCAUGGAUAUGAAAUCUCAGCCGUGGCUGUAAGUCACGACCGGUCCCUCAUUGCCACGGCAUGCAAAGCCAGCUCUGUCGAUCAUGCUGUGAUUCGUUUAUAUGACACAUCUGAUUGGCAUGAGAUCAAACCUUCUCUCACUGCACAUUCCCUCACCAUAACCGACCUGUCGUUCUCAGACGACGACAAAUUCCUGUUGAGUGUUGGCCGAGACCGGCAAUGGGCUGUCUUUGCAAGAGACGAACAGGAUCCGACGCUCUUCCACAAUUCUGUCACCAACCCCAAAGGCCACUCUCGAAUGAUCUUGGGCGCAGCCUGGGCCCCUAUAACUAGCGAUCGCGUUUUCGCUACUGCUGGCCGUGACAAGUCUGUCAAGAUCUGGCAGAAGAACGAAUCUACAUUCGAAUGCAAGUCAACCAUCUCAUUGACAUCUGCCGUUUCUGCGAUUGCCUUCCUGUCGACUCCAUACAAGGACCACUUCAUCCUUGCUGCAGGAGAAGACAGUGGUGCAGUUUCGAUCCACAAAGUUGCCAUUACCACUUUCGAGGCGAGCCACAUCACGACCGUUGAUCCCAAGGUUGGCCCGUCAAAGACUAUUACUCAAUUAACGUGGAGACCUGUGACUACUGCUGAUGUAGAUGGUCAAUCCUUCUUUGAACUUGCCGUGGCCAGUGAAGAUGCGUCCACACGGAUUUAUGCAAUCUCCGACAUGUUGCAAUGA